AUGGGACAACUUGAGAAUAGGACUGCCAUUGUCACCGGUGCGAGCCAAGGGAUCGGGAGAGCGAUUGCACUAGCAUUCGGUCGGGAAGGUGCUAACGUCGUCGCUACCGCCCGCACGACAGCGGCUAUUGAAGCGGUGGUUGCUCAGGUCGAGGAAGCGGGGGCGGCGGGAUUGGCGGUGACGGCAGAUCUGAGCGUUGAGCGAGACAUCCAACGCAUCGCAGAUGAAACGACCACGAAAUUUGGAGGGGUUGAUAUAUUGGUCAACAACGCCGCCAUCAUCCACCCGCCUAUAGACCUGGUGGACUUGGACGCCGAUCUGUGGCGGCGGGUCAUGGAUGUGAACCUAACCGCCGCUGCGUUGCUCACAAAGUUCGCCCUACCGAGCAUGAUCGAGAACCGAUACGGCAAGAUCAUCAAUAUCUCAAGCAUUGGUGGACGCAAAGGGGGCAAAGGGCGUACUGCGUAUCGAGUGACGAAAGCUGCGUUGAUUAGCCUGACGGAAAGCGUCGCAGCCGAAGUCAAGCAGCACGGCAUUGAUGUCAACUGCAUCUGCCCCGGCGGGGUUGACACGGAGGGUUUCCGUGAGGCAUUCGGGAGCGAGGGCAGGGAAGAGAAUCCGAAGCUGAUGCUGCCUGAAGAGAUUGCGGCACUCGCGGUUUUCCUAGCCUCGGACAUGAGUUCGGCGGUUACGGGGACAGCAGUAGACGCAUUCGGCACGACCAACCCGCUAUUCGGGUAA